UUCUCGUGGAAACAACCAACAAAAACCUGCUGUAAAUCCAGAUGGGAAAAUCAGCGAUUGUUUAAUUUGUUGUCAACGUUCUGAUCUUUUUGGACUUGGGGAGUGCAUGCAUCCGAUUUGUAUGAAAUGCUCACUGCGUAUCCGGGUGUUUGGAGAAAAAAAACAAUGCCCACAAUGUCGGACUGCCAUCCCAAUUGUAUUUUUUAUUAUUUUGUGGUGUUAUUUUUAUUGUUAG